AUGGCUGACGACCACAGCGCCCAAGAGGGCGCCUUGCUGGAGCGCUGGGCGGAUGCGAAUGAUGCGGAGGGGAGGAAAAAGUGGUUCCAAGAUGCUUCCCGUUUCCUCAUGGGACUGCCAGAGGGAGGACACUGGUUUUGCCUGCACUACGAAGUCGCCCAGAGGAUGUGCGAACUGGCACUCUACCAUGAGCAUGAAGAUGUGCAGAAGCUUUUUGGCUGCAUAGGCUCUUCCCUUGGGGACUGCCUUGAUUGUGUAGACCGCUACCAUGAGGCACAGAAAUCGUACACAGAUGCCGAUGGUGGAGAUGUCAUUCUUCAUGCGUGCCUGUGUUUUGAUGCAAUCCGUCUGACAGGUUUGUUGACCGGAGCUAUGGAUGUAAAGGCACAUGAAGACAUUUCUUUCAAGGUUCGAUCUGCCAUUCACGAGGUCCUUACAUACAGUGAAAUUCUUGAAGACUCAGAGGUCUGUUCGUUGUGCAGCCGUGCACUGCUCCACAUCGACCAUACUCAUGGGAUAGAUGCUGUCAUUGGAGAGGGGGCCUUCUAUGUUGGAGUGUUUAGGCUACUGGCCCAUAAUGAAGAGUCUGUCAGGCAAUUGAUGCGGAGAGCCGCCGAUUUGCUACCUGUGCCCACAGGGGAGUACCUCACAGCCCUUCUUCCUCUCUUGGACAAGUGGAGGCAUGUGCUGGAGUUUGGCCUUUUCUAUGGCGAUUGCGAUCAGGGUCUGGGUGGUGGGACCUUGAUGCAGCGAGUGAAGGUCUUCCAGAUGAAGUCCUCACUGUGGAUGGGUCUGGCUUCAGUGCUUGAGAGGAUCCUUGAGGGAGGAGAACUGCACAACAUCUCUGAUGGUGUCUCAGCUCUUGUGCCAAUUGUAUUUCAACAUUGCAAUAGUGAAUGCUCACCUGACGUGUUCACAUGGGCACUGAGUAGCGCAAAGAUGCUCCUUGAUGGCCUGAAGUCAAAAAUCUGGUGCUCCUCACAUUUGGCACCCCUGCAGGUUGCUGAAGUUUUCAUCUGCAGCUCCUACACUGGGAAAGCUAAUACACGAACACACAAGCUGUGCAUCUCAGCCCUUUCCUCCCUCCUUGCAUCUGUCGAGAGUGCCUCCAUGUUGGAUGAGCUUGAAGUAUUGCGCCAGAGGGUGCUCUACUUCUUCAUAAACCAGGUGCAGGCAUCGAAGAAUUUUGGUAGAGUUAUCCGUGCAAUUGCGCAGCAAGAGGCUUACAAGCGGCUAUGCCAAUCUGUGAAAGAUGCACUGCCGCCAACAUCAGCAGCACAUAUAUAUGGGCCUGCUCUCAUCGGGGAGCUUGUCCGAGAGGAGACUCAGCAGGGUGGGCUUGCCGACAGGGUUCAGGCAUCUGCAGUGGAGUACGCCAGCCUCAUUCUGCAGGUCGAUGCUUGCAUCCUGCGGGUCCUGCUCUCAUCAGAUCAAGUGCACAGGGAUGCACCAUCGCAACUACUCAUUGCUGAUGGAAUAGGAAAUGACAUUGAGGCAACAUGUGAAGUCGCUGUGGAGUACAAGGAGACAUGGCGAUGUGCGCCUAUGCUCUGGUUGGAUCUGGCCAAGUGCAAGCACCCAAUGGUCAGCUGUGCAUUGCUGGUCUCUGCUGCACACUUGUCAUGGGUUCAGGUCAACCGUGAACACCUGCACAAAGAGCAGGCCACCAAAGAGAGAAGGGUAUCUGGGGGCUUUUUGAUCAAUAAACUGGAGUCAAAGUUGGAAGCCAGUCCAAUGGGAAUGCUGAAUUCCAUCAUGGCCUGGCGUCCUUGUCAAGGCUGGGAUGAUGCUUGGUCCCGAAUUGACAUUGAAAUGAAGCAGUGCCCAGAUCUCUUACUGUUGAAAUGGCUGGAAAUUGCAGUUCAACACCUGGAGGUGCUUUCCCGUGAAAAAUUCUAUCCACCAGCGGAAUUCGAGUGCCGGAUGUGGAGCAGCAUUGUUCGAUUGGCCACUGGUCCAGACACAAGUUUAAGAAAAGCUGCAAACCAGUGGAUUGAAUGCUCACAAAGCAAAUUAAUGAUAGAUGAUGAUGAGAGUGGGGGAUUCAUUGGAAUUUUGUCAGGGUGCUUCUCUGCUUUGAUUGAAUUGAAGCAGAUACCUGCCGAAGAGGUUGCCGUUCUUCCACAGACUGCUCAUUUCUUCGAUUUUUUGACUGGCCUCAUUGGCGUUGACAACCCAAACACCCAUAUUGCUGCAAUCAAGACAGUUGUGAAGGAUUCUUGGGACCUCGUGCAUACAGUUUUGAACACCUGUAAAGCGCUGCCCAUCAGCAAUUUUAGUCGAAGGGCAGUGCAAUGCUCCCUGUCAUCAGCUUUCAAGCUUUUGGUGCCUUUGUAUAGCUUCCGCAUAAGGAACAGGGACAAACAUGGUGGCCUCAUGGUGGGAAACGAAUUUCUCAGAAUGAUGUGGGAGUGGGGCCAGAAACAAUUGGCUCAGACAACUUGCUGUGUAUGGGCGGAUGCAACAUGCGAAAUUGGUCAAUUGUUUGUGAAAUCAGGAGCCAGCACAAAGCUCCCUCAUGAGGUUGUUCCAUUAGCCAAGGAGGUUCUUAAAAUUCGUGGUGACAUCGACCAUGAGAAACUUAUUAAGUUGUGGUCCCUGCUGGGAGAAGAUGCACCAGGCAAUCUUGCAGAACCUCUCUUUGAUUUUUUGACUGUCAAAGACAGAGGCGUGCAAGAUGUUGUCGAUCUCACCGAGAGCAUCAGUGACGACGAUUGGGCAACAAAAUCGGGAACUCAAAGGAAGCAUAGCAAUGGCAGUAUCAUCGGUCCCCUGGCCAGCCCCAUCGUUGUUGGCACUUCCCCAGAUCUACACCUGUCAAAGCAGGUAUUGGACGAGGUGCAGCAUCUUCCCAGCACAGAGGGAGAUGCUGACAGAGUCUCGUUAUCACAAUUGUGCAACAGUGCAUUCCCACCAGUGCUUGUCAGUCGCUCACCUAUCAAUAAGGCCAUUGAUGCCACAGGGAAUGCAGAGAAUGCUAAACACUUGGGCACAAGCAAAGGCAGCUCCGACUCAGACGUCAGGAAAUCAUGGGCCAUGUAUGAGAGGGCCAAAUCGCAAAGGGGCGUGCAGGGAUUGAAGCAGGCCACGGCACUUUCGCGUUCCUGUGCAAAUGCCGAUGAUGGAGGACCUGGUGCAAGGGCUGUGCAGUGUGCAGAUCUGGAAAGAGGCCCGAGCGUGCAAAGUGGCUCAGGCUGUCAACAAGACUCUUCUGGACAGCUGCAGAGCCUGUAUCCUUUCCUGCCAUCCAAGGCAACCAAGCAGGGUGGCAGAUUGGCACCUCCCUCGGCAGGCCAGGGACCAAAAGGAACAAUAUUCAUAUCUCCUCUGAAAGGCCCACAAGGAAGAGUUGUGGGACUCCCAAUGAGGCCUGGUGCCAACACCUAUGCGAGGCCAACAUGCAGUAUGGAAGCCGUCUUUGAAAAGAUUUUGGCUUGGAGGAUUGAUGCCAUUAAAUCCGAAAAGAGCGACUUGAUGUUUGGGAGGAGAGCCCAGGUGCCAAAGGUUUUCAGCACCCUGCAGCAGUACACCAAUGCUUUUGAAAUGCUUCUAGUGGAAGAGCUUAGAGCAACUCUGCAUCAAGGCUGGGUGGAAUUGGAAGAAGGAGUUUCCAGCCCCAUGUCCAUACCUGUGCGUGUGGAUCAUGUGCAGCGGGCCCCCCCCUUCUACAAUGUCACAUUCCUUUUGGAAGCAGCAGAUGCUCUGGAUCGCAGGGUUGUUCAUGUUGACAAUCUGCUGAUCUUGACUGACCGUCCUCUGGACACCAAAAAUUUGCCUUCCAGACAUAUGCUUGCGCUUGUCACAAACAAUUCCAACAGUGGCAAUGAUGGAAACUCCAAACUGGUGGACAUGAAGAUAAAGGCGGAGGGCAGUGGAACAGCUUCCUCACACACCUCACGCGAUGCUUCUUACUAUUUGCGCAAAGGCAGCCACUGGCACGCUACUCUGCUCGAUUCUUUGGUACCGCACUUUAGGCAACUUCAAGCUUUGUGCAAUCUAUAUGCUCUCCCACAACAGCUGGUAAACACAAUCCUGCACCCAACACCUCCGCCCAACAGUGUGGAUCUUGAAGGCACGAUGUUGCCCAGGAGUAUGCUGCGUGCCUUACAGGAAGUAUACAAUCCAACGCAGCAGGCAGCCAUUGCUUCUGCUGUGGCAGGACGAGGAGUGUUCACACUGGUCCAGGGACCUCCUGGAACAGGAAAAACGUCUGUUAUUGUUGGCAUGGUUUCCGCACUGCUGGUGUCAUUGUGCAGCAAGGGACCAGAACCCAGGACAGCUCUGGAGGCAAAGAGGGAUCCAGCACAAUGUCAUCGCCCUACCCGCAUCCUCAUUUGUGCGCAGUCGAAUGCAGCCGCUGAUGAGUUAUUGUCAAGGAUCAGCAGGGAUGGUGUGACCUGCCUGGAUGGCUCCAAGAGAACACCAACAAUGUUGCGAAUGGGAAGGCUGGAGGAAACACACGAGUCUGUCAAGGCAUUUCACAUAAAGCACAUGUGCACAGCGGCAAUGCAAAAGAAUGAAGAUGCUUCAGAAGCCACGCUUCGGACGGCAGAGCAUGUGAAACAACUAGAUGAACUGCAGCAGCAGCUGAAACAGGUCAGGGAAGAAGUUCAGAGGUUGAGAAGCAGCCCGCUGGGCAACAAUGGGAGGGAACCGAUCAAGCCACUCCAGGGCAAGGAAAGGCAACUGAAUUCGGAAGCCAGAAAGUUGAGGAGCCAACUGUAUCAGGACAACAAGGAUGUGCAGCACCAUGAGAAACACAUCAGGCGGAGAACGUUGGCUGAUGCGGAAAUCGUUGUAGGCUCAGCUGGACAACAUUUCCUUGGUUCUGUGUUUGCAAACUGUGAUCCAAGUGCAAAGUCCUGA